AGGUCAAGGAUAUAGACGCGGAGAGUAAUCACUCCGGGAAAGUUACAACGAGCUCUAUGGAAGAAAAAUUAGAACGCACAGUACGAUGUUCAUCAGUGCUGAUAGGAGCGCUGGGCAUCUCCCUGAUAGCGCUAGCAAUAUACACAGCGGUGCUGGUGCUCACUGAGUACCGGAGUCCGAGGCCUUGUCUCAGUGAACAGUGCGUUGGAACUGCUUCACGGAUCCUGCAAGCCUUAAACAAAGAUGUGGAUCCCUGUACUGACUUCUACGAGUUUGCGUGCGGAGGCUGGAUCAAACAGAACCCUGUGCCAGACUGGGCCACCUCCUGGGACCAGCUGGCGAAGCUUCGAGAACAGCUGGUCACCGAUCUCAGGGAUCUACUUGAAGCCAAGGACGAUGAGGGACUGCCACAGAGCGUGUUGAAAGCCAAGAGUCUAUAUAGGACUUGUAUUAAUACUGACAGACUAGAAGUUGACGGCAUCAAGCCGAUUCAAAAAAUCCUGCAGAAGUUGGGUCUUCCACCGCGGCCACCAACAGAGAUGACUGCUAACUUCACGUGGGAGGCAGUAGCGGGUAAAGGACGUAGGAACCUGGGACUGAACGUGCUACUCAGCGUGCAGGUCGCUGAGGAUGUUAGGAAUACCAGCAGGAACCGUGUCGUGAUCGAGCAAGUAUCCCCAGGGUUCAGCGACCGCUACCUGCUGCAGCCGGAGCAGUUCUCGCACGAGCUGGCGCAGUACCACAAGUACAUCAAGUCCAUGAUCAAUAUCGCUGACAACGAGACCGACGCAGAACAGUUUGCUGAUGAUAUUGUCGAGUUCAGCAAGAAAUUGGCUAAGAUAAUGACACCAGUAGAGGUUCGUCGCAGUGGUACUCACUUGUUCCACGAGGUCAGCGUACAGCAACUGAUCCAGGGCUCCAGCGGUGGGCCAGCACAGUGGAAACAGCACGACUGGGAGCAGUACCUGCAGCUGGUAUUCUCCAACACGAGCGUGGCGCUGCAGCCGCAGUCCGACCGCGUCAUCGUCAUGGACCUCCCCUACUUGCAGAAACUGUCCGUGCUGCUGGUCGACACCAAGCCUGUUAUUGUUGAACGUUUCCUGUGGUGGAGCGUGUUCUCGACGGUGGCGCCGAUGACGCUGCGGUCGUUCCGCGAGCUGGGGUUCGAGUUCUCGCGCGCCGUGUUCGGCCUGCAGCAGCGCACGCCGCGCUGGAAGAGCUGCACCGCCAACGUCAACGCCAACUUCGGGGUCGCGCUCAGCUACUUGUACGUCAAGAAGCACUUCGACUACACCAGUCGCCAGAAGGCUAUCGAGAUGGUGGAGGACGUGCGUGAAGCGUUCGCUGCAGCCGUGGAAUCCCUGGACUGGAUGGACUCCAGCACGCGGCUGAAGACGCUGGACAAGCUGAAGGCCAUCCGCAACUUCGUCGGCUUCCCCGCCUGGCUGCUCACUCACGAACAACUUGAUAAACAUUAUAAACACGCGGAGGUAGUGGAGGGCAACUUGUUCGAUACGUACCUGAAGCUCACGUUUGCAGCGGUGAAGAAGUCGCUGGAGUCGUUGCGAGAGAAGCCAGACAGGAACAGAUGGGUAGCCACUGCUACCACUGUUAAUGCAUUCUAUUCUGCGACCCUAAAUUCAGUCACAUUCCCCGCCGGUAUUCUGCAGCCACCCUUCUAUGGAAAUGGAAUUGAAGCGAUCAACUACGGAUCUAUUGGUGCCAUAAUGGGACAUGAGGUCACACACGGGUUUGACGAUCAAGGUCGUCGCUACGACGAGGAGGGCAACCUGAAGCAGUGGUGGUCGGCGGCCACCCUGGAGCACUACCACAGCAAGGUCCAGUGCAUCAUCGACCAGUACAGCAAGUACCACAUGCCGCAACUACCCAACUACACCGUGCACGGGUUCAACACGCAGGGCGAGAACAUCGCGGACAACGGCGGGCUGCGCGCCGCCCUGCGCGCAUACUCGCUGCUGGGCGCGCGCGCGCCGCUCGAGCGCCGCGUGGCGCUGCCCGGCCUGCCGCACUACAAGCCGCACCAACUCUUCUUCUUAGGGUUUGCACAGAUAUGGUGCGGCAACUCGACAGUGGGCGCUUUAAAAUCCAAAAUGGUGGAGGGCGUCCACAGUCCGAACAAGAUCCGAGUCAUCGGUACCCUGAGCAACUCCAAGGAGUUUGCGGAAGCCUGGAGCUGUCCACUCGGGUCGCCGAUGAACCCGGAACAUAAGUGCGUGCUCUGGUGA